AAGCCUUACAUUGGGAGAUCAUGUGAUUCUUGUAGAAAAGUUCAAGCAUCUCCUUGGGCCAGCCCCCAUUGUGCAUCCAGGAUCCAUGACCACGCCCAUUACCUUUUUUUAAGGGCAGGUUUAGUAUGGAAGUAUGGAACAUUAGCCCUUUUGCAGCAAAUAAGUAUGGAAGUACGCAAGUAGUCUAAACUAACCCUGUUUUGAAUUACUUUUUAAGUCAACCAAAGGCAACCGCAAGUCAAUUUCUCCCUUCUUUCCAAGGUGGCCGGGGGGCAAUACUGCAAUGGGUAACAUUUCAUUAGCAAUUGUCUGUGUCCUGGAUUAUACCAUCAUCCAUCUCUCCUGUCCCCAGAUUGAUUCAUCAUCACAGGACUACGUCAACGCCCACAACGCAGCUCGAUCACAGGUUGGAGUCGGACCUAUUACUUGGGAUGCUACCGUAGCGGCAUACGCACAGAAUUAUGCUAAUCAACUGAAGGGUGAUUGCAGACUAGAGCACUCGGGUGGCCCUUACGGUGAGAAUAUUGCAUGGAGUAGGGGUGACCUCUCGGGAACGGCUGCCGUUAACCUUUGGGUAGCAGAGAAGGCCGACUACAACUACAGCUCUAACUCAUGUGCUGCCGGCCGCCAGUGCGGCCACUAUACUCAGGUGGUUUGGAGCGAUUCUUUGCGCUUGGGCUGUGGUAAAGUCAGAUGCAACAAUGGCGGCACCUUCAUCACUGGCAACUAUGACCCCCCGGGCAACUAUGCCGGGCAGUGGCCUUACUAAUUAAUAAUUAGAGCUUUUCGAUCGUUACUUGUAGUUCCUGAUCAAAGCAAGCAUGCAUGCAUCUACGAGUUUUUAGAGGGUGACCUUAAAUAAGCUACUCAAGUAAUAUUGGCAUCAAACUCUGAAUAAAUAAAGUGAAACUCGUGAAGUAAUAUUAUAUAUGAGGAUCAGGUACUACUCAUU